CUUCCUCAUUGCAUAUUUGAAGAUCGACUUUGUGAGAAUAGUUUUUUGGGGAAUAGAAUAGAUAAUGAUUUUUACGUCCCUUUAAAACACGCCAAAGGAGUUCAAAUGUCCAUGAAGAGCCACAACAGAGGAUGGCUUUGUGUCGUUUGAAACCUUAGCAAGGAUGCAGGGGGCCAUUGCCCGGGUAUGUAUGGUGGUGGCAGCGGCCAUCUUAAACCACCCCUUGCUCUUCCCCCAGGAGAAUACCACUCUCCUGGAGCAGGACGAGGAGCUGCUGGUCCGCAUGAAAGAGCAUGAGGAGAGGCUGGAGUUGGAACAGAUGCGGCUGGAGAAGGAGCUCUCUCAUCCUGAUGUCGAGGAGCAAAACCUGGACUCAGGGGAGAGCUACAGCUGGUACUUCUGGAGCACCCUCUCCCUAGUCAUCUUUUUCACCAUUGAGGUGUGUAGACAGGACUUGGCUGACAUGGAGGCCCAGUACCUGGAGGACGAGGAUAUGGAUGCUGAGACUGGCUUCAUCAGCUCCAAGACUCUGCUGCUGGACAAGGGCAUCCUGAGCAGCUUCUGUGACCGGUGUAUGCACACCAUGGCCCAUGAGAACUGGAGGGUGAAGGAGUUUGUGGAGGGUUUUGCUGAUGACCUGCUGGAGGCUCUGAGGAGUGUGUGUGGAAGGGAGGCUGACAUGGAGGUAGGGGACUUUGUGGGGGUUGGAAGCAUGUUUGAGUCCUGGAGGGCCAGCAAGCCGCUGAUGUGUGACCUCAUCGUUCCUUUUACCCCUCCCGAGCCAAACUCCUUCCAGUUUAAGCUGUGGUGCAGCCCCUCCAGUGAUGUCCCCCCAGACAUGCAGGGCUGUGGCAGGAUCAAGGUGAGCAGAGCUGGGGAGAAUAAAGAGGACUGUCUCUGUGGCUCUGCCAAUUUCGGGGAAGACAUGCUUUGUCUACUGCACAGAAAUACUGAAAGGCCGAAAGCAGACCAAACCUCAGAAGACCUGCUGUGCUCCAAGAACACUGUCUACCUGGCCAAGGACCAGGUUAUGAAGUGGUUCCAGAUCUCUGUAACCAAAGCCUGGGGGCGCAUAUCUCACAAGUACGAGUUUCAGCUCACUUUUCGCAACCUGGACACUGCUGGGGCCCUUAAGAUCAGGUUCCGAUCAGGGAAGGUUGUGGUGAUGAACAUUAUACCUGUCGUCCAGCUGGAGGACACAAGCGCCUAUUUUGUCCCACAUUUCCCCUCAGAUGGCACCAGCUUCUCUGACACAUACUGGCCCCUAUCCUUCGCUGUCUAUGAAAGGAACUUCCUCAAACAUGUGGCUAAAGGCCUUCCGGAAAAUGCCUGCCACCUGCACUGCCUUCAGAUCCUCACUUUCCUUCUCAAGAAGCAGACAGGCUUGACAGGUAGGAGUUUUCUAACUAACUACCACCUGAAAACAGCGGUGCUCCACCUGUUGCUGUGUAGAGCCUCAUCCUGUUGGGGCCCAGGCUGUCUGGAGCUCAGGCUCAGGGAUGUGCUUGGCUUCCUGCAGAGGAGUCUCCAGCAAAAGAGACUCCAUCAUGUGCUGGUUGGAAACAGCCUGGUACCCACAGUUAUCCAGGUUCCAGAGAUCUUUAGUAGAUCAGAACCCAUUAACCUGUUUAGGUCACUGGUUUUACAUAAGGAACUUUACGCACACACGCUUCGGCACUUCCAGGAGAUGCUCAGGAACGCUCCUGUCCUGAUACAGGAAUACACUCCUGUCUUACCAAAUGGAGAUGUCCACCAUGGACUAGACUCAAGUUUAUAGUUCAUACUUUUAUAUAUUGUUGUAUUAGGAGAUGGGCAUAUUGUCAGUAUGACAUUAUAUGUUACUGAUAUAGAAUAAUGUACACCCGCACUGAAACAAAAGUAGGCAAUGUCCUUUUUAGAUGUUUGUUACAAUGGUUUUGCAAAAAGAAGGAAACAGCGUUAUUUGCAUACUCAUCAUACUUACCUUUCAGUAUUGCUAUUUGACUUUUACAAUAUUUUAUUUACUUUGUUUUGUAUACUUGUUUGUUUUUUACUGUAAACAUAUUUAUAAAUGCAGAAUAUUAUAUAUACUAGCAGCGCAUGAUGUCUUCCACAUCAUAAAAAGGAUAAUUGUGUGUUCAUGGUGCAAUAUUAUCCGAUUCCUUGACUCGACCCCUGUUGUUCUGACAUCAGGUUAUAAGAAUCCCAGCAAAAGGCAUUCAGUAGACAUUCCUUCCUAUAGGUACUUGAGAAACAUGAUAGUGUAUUCUUAGCAAAUUCCUCUUCAUUUGUUUCAUAUCGCUUGCUAAAGUAGGCCUACCUCUUACACUUGCUGCAUUAUAAAUAUGUAUUGUAUUGCAAACAGUUACAUAAAUGGUGAACACUUAAGUUUUCAAUAACACGGAUGGCAGCUAUUAAAAUA